UAUACGAUUCCUUGAUCACCAUUGCUAUAGUUUUUUUUGAAAAAUGAGUGCUACCAAAUGGUUACCAUUUUUCUUUGUAACUUUGGUGCUUGUUGCAACGUUCUCCACAGUUGCAGCGCAAAACAGAACCAUCCCGGUUAGUGGAACAAACACGGUUGAUCGUGAGGCAUUGCUUGCCAUCAAAUCUAUGAUUAAUGACCCACGAGGUCUCAUGAGUUCAUGGAACAAUUCCAGCGUUGAUUUCUGCCAAUGGCAAGGUGUUAUUUGCGGCCUCCGCCACCAGAGAGUCAUCGCCUUGAAUCUCUCGUCUGGGGGCUUGCUCGGUUCAUUGUCUCCUUUCAUUGGCAAUCUAAGCUUUCUUAGGGCCAUUCGGGCACAUAACAACUCACUUUCUGGUGACAUUCCGUCUCAACUUGGACGUCUGUUUAGAUUACAAGAGCUACGUCUUUAUAACAACUCUUUCACUGGAAGCAUUCCAGACGCAAUAACCAACUGCACCAACCUCCAAUACCUUCACGUGGGUUACAACAACCUGGUUGGCAAGAUCCCAGAUAGAAUUGGUUCAUUGUCCAUGCUAAGCUUACUCAUCGUUCAUGAGAACAGUUUACAAGGCGGGAUUCCACCUUUCAUUGGGAAUCUUACAUUGCUCGAAACUGUUUCGUUUUUUAACUGUAGACUUGGCGGAAGAACUCCUGACGUUUUCCAACGGCUGAGUAACCUGAGAAGAUAUUCAAUGGCAGGAAAUGACCUUGUUGGUACCGUCCCACCUUCUCUUUAUAAUCUUUCGUCUUUAGAAGAACUAUAUAUCGAUGACAAUCGACUCACUGGUAGAUUACCCACUAACAUAAAUACGACAUUGCCUAAGAUUGGCACACUUUCUUUUCCCAGAAACCAGUUUACAGGUCCCCUCCCUCCCUCCAUUUUAAGUUCUCCAACGCUACUCGUGAUAGAUGUAGCUCAAAACAAUUUAUCUGGAAAAUUAGUCAUCAAUCCUCGUAACACCUGUCAGCUUACAAGGGUGUCACUGAGUUGGAAUAACUUUGGAAACGAGGAAGACGAUGAAAUGAAGUUUAUAGAUGGUUUGUCGAUUUGCAAAAAUCUAGAUGUGUUACUUCUCAGUAACACUCAGAUGAGAGGUUUCCUACCAGAUUCUUUAGGAAACCUGUCAACUUCACUCUCUCAACUCGAUCUAGCUUCAAAUGCUUUUUCUGGCAGCCUGCCUUCAUCAGUAGGUGGCCUUUCGGGCCUAACUUCUCUAGAUGUGUCUAAUAAUCAACUCACGGGCACACUUCCCAUGACCAUUGGCAAUCUUCGAAACAUACGAAGGUUAAAUCUUAAGAAUAAUUCUUUCUCAGGGAGCAUUCCUAGUUCUAUAGGAAAUCUUUCAUUAAUGAUUGAGCUUCAUUUAGGUUUGAACAAACUGAACGGGUCCAUACCAUCAGAUUUAGGAAAUGCUAAGAGGUUAAUAGAGUUAAAUCUUGAUCGAAAUAACCUUACUGGAGCCAUACCUAGGAAACUAUUUGAACUUACAUCGCUAUCCAUUAUCCUGAAUUUAGGCAGUAACCAAUUGUCCGGACAGCUUCCCACACAGAUUGGUAAUCUUAAGGGCCUAACUGAAAUCAUUCUGGCAAAUAACCGAUUGUCAGGCGAGCUUCCAAGCAGCCUUGGUAGUUGCAGCAGCCUUGAGAAUUUAAACAUAAGCAACAACUUCUUUUCAGGAUCUCUUCCAUCAUCUUUGGGAUCAUUACGAGCCCUUGAAAAUGUUGAUGUUUCUCAUAACAACUUCACAGGGCAGAUCCCGACUUAUCUGGAAACAAUACCUUUAGCAAGUCUUAACAUGUCAUUCAACAGAUUCCAGGGUGUGGUGCCAAAAAAAGGAGUCUUUUCCAAUGCAGGUUCAGUAUCUAUUGUUGGCAAUGGUCAACUUUGUGGCGGUGUAAUUGAACUUUAUCUACCUAAGUGCAGUUCUAACAAGAGAAAAAAUAAUUUGAGUCUUGCAGUCAUAUUGGUGAUUUCAAUAGUUCCAGCACUGCUAUGUGUAGCGUUGGUAUUAUUGCUUUUCAUGUGCUGUAGACGAAAAAGAGAAGUAGAAUCUGAUCCACCUGAGACAAGAUCUGGGGAGUCCCUCAUUCAGGUUUCUUACGAGGCACUCUACAAAGCAACCGAUGGGUUUUCCACCAAAAACUUAAUCGGUGAGGGUAGUUUUUCAUCGGUUUAUAAAGGAUGCCUCGAUGAUGGUGUAAUUCUUGCCAUUAAAGUACUAAACCUCCAUCGUCAAGGAGGUUCCAAGAGCUUCAUAUCUGAGUGUGAGGCGUUGAGAAAUGCCCGACAUAGAAACCUAAUAAAGGUCAUAACUUGUUGCAGUGGCAUUGACUUCCAUGGAAAUGAAUUCAAAGCCAUAGUUUAUGAAUUUAUGCCAAAUGGAAAUUUAGACCAAUGGUUGCAUAAUGUGCAAAAUGAGCUCCCUCGACUCAGUUUGCUUCAAAGAGUGUGUAUAGCGUUGGAUGUCGCUUACGCACUUAAUUAUCUUCAUCAUCAUGCUGCAAAGACCAUUGUUCAUUGUGAUUUGAAGCCAAGCAACAUUCUUCUUGACAAAGACUUGGUUGCACAUGUUGGCGAUUUUGGGCUCGCAAAGAUUCUUCAAUCUGAAUACCACCAAAAUCGACAGCAUAGCAGCUCAGUUGGGAUCAGAGGAAGCAUAGGGUAUGCAGCUCCAGAAUAUGGGGUGGGUAGCAAAGUGUCAAGAAGUGGAGAUAUGUAUAGCUAUGGGAUUUUGUUGCUGGAGAUGAUUACAAACAAGAAACCUAUAGAUGCCAUGUUUGUUGAAGGGGUCAGCCUACACAGUUAUGCUAAGAAAGCCAUGGGUGAUGGGUCCCUAGGGAUUAUCGACCCAAUGCUUAUUAACAAUGAUGGAAAUCUUUCGAAGAGAACCAACAAGGAAGGAGCAAUAGGUCACAUGAAUAAUGAAGCAUGUUUGCGUUUGUUGCUUGAAAUAGGAGUGUCAUGUUCCAUGGAGCGGCCUCAGUAUAGAAUGGACACGGCUACUGUGAUCCAAGAGCUGCAGCUGAUAAAGGAUGCCAUUUUAGGGGAUUCAAACGUUUCCAUAAAUUUUGUUUAAACUUAUAAGCUAAAUUCAAAUGUAAGCUUGGCAUUAAGCUUUUGAUAAUAUAAAUAUAUGCGCUAAAGAAGACCACAAUGAAUUUAUGUAGACUUAUGUCAACAGGCAAAAGGAAAAUCUCUUAUACUGCUAUUUACAAGUGCUGCAUUAUUACUUAA